GUAGAGCACUCUGGCGGCAUGAAAAUAAAUCAUGUCGUGUCAGCUCGAUUCGAACUCGGUUCGCUCUUUCUGCAAGGUCAGACCGGACCAGACCGAACAAAUCGUAUUAGUAGCGUUCGAAGAUAAAGGGAAUGAAGUUUCGCAUCAUGGCAAUAGUAGUGACCGAACGAGAAGUUCUUAUUGAAGUUUUGCAACGUUAUAAAAGUCUGCCAUGCUUGUGGGAUACGACACAUGAGUCGUAUUCCAACAGAGAAGCUCGAAAUCAAGCACUAGAAAUACUAAAGGAUUAUUAUUCUAAAUACAAUAAAAAUAUUUCUGUGAACGACCUGAAAAAGAAACUUGAGAAUAUGCGAGCCGUGUAUAGACGUGAGAAGAAUAAGAUGGAUGGAAGUAAAUCUGGAGGUGACGGUAGCAAGAAAUAUCAAACAUCCUUGUGGUACUAUCAAUAUUUCUCAUUCUUACAUGAAAAGAAGGAUUCAUCGACUAAAGAAUCCGACAAUUUCACAGACUCUAAACAGGAAAACGAGACGAAUGAACCUGAAAGGAAAAAGACAAAAUAUUCAAAUGAGUCACAAUCAAAUGAACUGCCCAAAGAUCAAGAGGAUGUAGUUGAAGGCACACAUAAUUCAAUCAACUAUUCUGGUGGAGAGAACUCUGCAAAUACUUUUGGACGCUAUGUUAGCUCCCAAAUCACAGAAAUCACGAAUAAAUUACAGCGUUGUUUAGCAGAGAAAUUAAUUGGUGAUAUAUUAUUUCAUGCCAAAUUAGAACAAUUGAAUUUCGAUACUAGGAUUAAUUUGAAUUCAUAUACAGGACCAUUCCAAACACGAUCUCCAUAUUCAUCACUCCCAUACGCAACUCCACAUACCAAUAAUUCAUACACACAAUCUUCUUUUCACCAAUCUCCUAAUUCUUUCCCAGAUUUGCAAUCACCUUACCAUCAUGUCAAAUCUUCACAAUCUGUCUCACUCUCACCUUCACCUAUUCACCAAGUGAAAUCUCAGUCCAUCUCACUUUCUCCAUCGCCUCAAAAUGAAGUUCAAUCUCCUUCACCAACGCCUUCGUCUCAUUACCUUGACUAAUCACUUGAAAACUGAAGAAACAAUCUUAUCAACGAAAUUUUUCAAUUAGUUUUUGUUGUCCACAUCAGAAACUGUAGUUUCUGUGAAUUUUUUAGUCGAAAAGGGUGCCAAACGCGUAUUAAACAAUUCCAUGGAUUAAAGUGUGGCUACUUUACCUUUCAAGUAAAGUACCAAGUCCACAAAAAACUCGAAUUAUUUCAUAAGACUAAUUACGUCAUGUUCUAUUUCACUUACCCUUUUACCAAAGCCAAAUGUAUAUACCUAACCAUCUUGUUAGAGAUUUCCAGAACUCUUCCUCAUCUUAGAAUUGGUUCCUUGCUUCAUUGGCUGCGUUCAGCAGAUACAACAGUUGUAAAACAGUUUGAAGUAUUUUCGCUGAAGGAAUAUGAUCAGUAAGCGCAUGGUCAUCAUGUUUAGUGAGCGGACACUAUUUUCUUGAGCUACUUUGAAUUACGCUCAUUAAGCACAAGAAAAUUGUCUGAACAGGUGUUUUAGUUCAGAAAAUUUCUCCCUGAACUCUUUAGGAUCGUGAGCGCUCAGGGAUCAGAUUUGCAACUGCUCUUUUCGCUGAACGCAGCCAAUAUACUUAUCAAUUAUUAUUACUAUUAUAUUAUAUUAUUAUAUUCUAUUAUAUUGAUUAUAGUAUAUUAUACUAUAUUAUUUAUUAUUAUAUUAUUAUUAUAUCAAUUUAUUUUUAGAUUUGAAUAAAAGUCGAUCAUAAGUUA